AAAAGGAGCCUGGAGUAACUGCAGCCGGUGGGGCGGUGGGGAGAGGUGGAAAAGGAGCCUGCCCUCCUCUCCAGAUCCAUCGCCUAGCACCACGCCUGGGCGAAAGGGAUGGGAAGUACUGCCAUGGACACCAAGAAGAAAGAUGCCUCCAGCAGCAGCAGUAGGAAAAGCUCCAGCCAGAAGAAACUCACGUUGCGAGUGCACAUUCCCGAUCUCAGCUCGUUUGCCAUGCCCUUCUUGGAUGGUGAUGUGGAGAGCACAGACAAAAAUGCUUCUCGCAAGGUGGAAGAAAGCUACUCUACAGGCAGCCCUUCAAAAGGCCUUUUCUCAAAAGGGCUCCAGAACCGACCUUCCAGCCCUGUUUCUGCCCCUGUGAGGUCUAAACAUAGCCCCGGCUCACCCAAAACAGUGUUCCCCUUCCCAUACCAGGAGUCUCCCCCACGCUCCCCACGCCGAAUGAGCUUCAGUGGGAUCUUCAGGUCCUCCUCCAAAGAGUCCUCCCCCAAUUCUAACCCGUCUACCUCUCCUGGGGGCAUCAAGUUUUUCUGCAGAUCAAGAAAAACCUCUGGCCUCUCCUCUUCUCCAUCUACCCCAACACAAGUGACCAAGCAGCCCACAUUUCCUCUGGAAUCCUAUAAGCAUGAACCUGAGAGACUAGAAACACGGAUUCACUGUUCUUCACCUCCAGACACAGGGCAGAGAUUUUCUUUGCCUCCAUCCCAAAGUGCAGCCAAGCCUCCUAUAAUGACACCAGCUCCCUGUGCUACCUCAAAAACAGUAAGUAAAGCAUCGGCGAUCAGGCCCGUAACUGCCGGAGUCUUGGAAAACAUAAUGUUUUUACUUACAGCACUUGAAGAAUCGGAAAGUGACAUUUAUGUGCGAUUCAUGAGGUCACACAAGUGUUAUGACAUUGUUCCGACAAGCUCUAAGCUUGUUGUUUUCGACACUACGUUACAAGUAAAGAAAGCCUUCUUUGCCUUGGUGGCAAACGGUGUUAGAGCAGCUCCACUGUGGGAGAGUAAAAAACAGAGUUUUGUAGGGAUGUUAACAAUUACAGAUUUCAUUAACAUACUGCAUAGAUACUAUAAGUCUCCAAUGGUUCAGAUCUAUGAACUGGAGGAGCACAAAAUAGAAACCUGGAGGGAGCUUUAUUUACAAGAGACUUUUAAACCUUUAGUGAACAUCUCCCCAGAUGCAAGCCUUUUUGAUGCUGUAUAUUCAUUGAUCAAAAACAAAAUCCACAGAUUGCCGGUUAUAGAUCCUGUCAGUGGGAAUGCACUUUAUAUACUUACCCAUAAAAGAAUUCUCAAGUUCCUCCAGCUUUUUAUGUCAGAGAUGCCAAAGCCUGCCUUUAUGAAGAAGAAUUUGGAUGAACUUGGGAUAGGAACUUACCACAACAUUGCCUUCAUACAUCCAGACACUCCUAUCAUUAAAGCCUUGAAUAUAUUUGUAGAGAGAAGGAUAUCGGCAUUACCUGUUGUGGAUGAGUCAGGAAAAGUUGUAGAUAUUUAUUCCAAAUUUGAUGUAAUAAAUCUUGCUGCUGAAAAAACAUAUAAUAACCUAGAUAUCACAGUGACACAAGCCCUACAGCACCGUUCUCAGUAUUUUGAAGGUGUUGUAAAGUGUAGUAUGCUGGAAACACUGGAGACCAUUGUGGAUAGAAUAGUGAAGGCUGAGGUGCAUCGUUUGGUGGUAGUGAGCGAAGCAGAUAGCAUUGUGGGUAUCAUCUCCCUUUCUGACAUUCUACAAGCUUUGGUACUCACACCAGCAGGUGCCAAACAAAAGGAGAAUGAAAGUGAAUGACUGCUGUGAAUGUAUAAACGUUUGUAGGAGAACUUGAACAAAGUUUCUGGGUCAAGUUUGUCUCAAGAACAGUGACUGCAAUAGAACAGAGCAGAAUGGUUGAGAAUGUGUAUUGGGACUUAGUGAUGGAUGAUGAGUCUAUUCCCCCCAGUGAUGUCGCAGAAAAGCAGCAUGACAAAAGCUUAUGUUAAAAUGUAGGCUUGUAUUUCAAAAUGUCUUCAAAACAUUUGCUGGAAGACUUCACAUGAUGUCCUUCAUUAAAAUGCACUGUAUUCUGAAACUCUUUCAUUUUGUAUUUGACAGAAGUCACUGGUCAGCAAUGGAUAUAUGUGACAUAAGGCAAGUGUAUGGCAUAUUCAUAUCAUAGUGCCUUAUGUCAAAAUACAGCAAUAUGUCAUCACUGUUGCCCAUCACUGUCAAAGGAAGUAUUGUGCUAAACGAGACACUGUAUCUGAAUGUGAAAGUCUUUAAACCUAAAACCAAAUCAGUUUCAGUUCUCAUUAGAUUUGUCAUAAAAGCUGUAAUUUGAAUAUUGGUAGACUUCUUUAAAACUUUAAUGACAGUUUUGUGUUAAAUGUUGCAUUCUGAACUGAGAUGUAAAACGAGGCUGAUUUUGAAAAAACAGCUUUAUUUAUUUUUACUUUCAUGACAAUUUUUUACACAUCUUUGGUGGAUAGCUAAAAUUUCACCAUAUCCAUUAAUAAACUGUUGAUUGUUAUACAAACAAGCGGUAGAUUUUUCUCAUUAUUUAAAACUUUGGAGUUGCAGAAGCUGUGGCCUGUUGAUCAGUCCAUAUUACUUAAGUUGAAGAUUCCAGAAGCAUGCAUCAAAAGUGUUCUGUACUGUAAUACACAGGCACCAUGGAGGAAAUCAAGUGCCAGAGAACAAUGCUUUCCUCUGUAUUAAAGUAUAAAACGACGUUUGUAAGACUAAAAUGAACCUUUUUAUUGUAUAUGAUUUGUACAGAAGUGGAGGAGUGAGGAAAGCUGUGGGUUUUUCUGCUAAUGUAAAUGCACUGUAAAGUUUGAAAAUGAGAUUUUUUUUUUUUAUAAUUGUAGAUUCUUGUAGAUGGACGAAAUUAAACCCUACAACAUCA